UCUCUCUCUCUCUCUCUCUCUCAUCGGGGUUUUCUCUCUUACAGUAAGCGCCUGUCUCUGACAAUGUGGACAUCAGCGGGGAAUAUACAGCGCGUCGUCUAAAUUCGCAUCGUGUUAUCAGCGCGUUCAACUUGAUUCUUCCCAGACGGAUGGGAAAGAGAAAAUCUGCACGGGAAUCUGCUGCCGUGACAGACGGAAACACCCAAGUCCUGCAUUCGGAGACAGAUCCGAGGCCGUCGUGAGCUCCCUCGGGGUUAAAGGUCAGAGUGGUGAGUGGAAGGAGAGAGUCCUGCCUUCCCCCCUCCCUGCCCAUUCCAUCAUCCGAAGAGCAUCUUUCAUGCGUCUCCCUUGGCCCGAAUCCCACGUCAGGAUGAACUGUGAGCAGGAUUUUGGAGAUGGAGGCAUGAACGUCACUCUAACUCUCCGGCUGCUCAUGCACGGCAAGGAGGUCGGCAGCAUCAUAGGCAAGAAAGGAGAGACCGUGAAAAGGAUACGAGAGGAGAGCAGUGCACGUAUCAAUAUCUCAGAAGGCUCAUGCCCAGAGAGAAUCAUCACCAUCACGGGCGCCACAGAGUGUGUGUUCAGAGCGUUCACUAUGAUCACAAUCAAACUGGAGGAGGACUUGGCUGCUCUUGUGGCGAACGGCACAGUCACCAGUAAGCCUCCAGUCACGCUGCGGCUGGUCAUCCCAGCCAGCCAGUGCGGUUCCCUCAUAGGCAAGGGCGGCUCCAAAAUCAAAGAGAUCAGAGAGAAAACAGGGGCUCAGGUACAGGUGGCAGGAGAUCUUCUGCCUAACUCCACAGAGAGAGGCGUGACGAUAUCUGGCAGUCAGGACGCCAUCAUCCAGUGUGUCAAGCUCAUCUGCACUGUAAUACUGGAGUCUCCUCCGAAGGGUGCUACAAUUCCGUACCGCCCCACUCCUGCUCCAGGCGCGGUGCUGCUUGCUGGAAAUCAGGUUUUCGAAACGUCAGAGUUUGCGUCUCACCCGCUUUUCUCAGUGGCUCAGGGAGGGCUGGAUCUGCAACAAGCUUAUACUGUACAAAACCAAUACGGCAUUCCACACUCAGAGUUGGCCAAGUUGCACCAGUUGUCCAUGCAGCAGGGUCUCGCCCCCAUAGCUCAACCAACGGCCACCCCGGUUCUGCCUGCAGGCCUUGAGUCCAGUUCCCAGACAGCAUCACAAGAACUUCUCAUUCCAAAUGACCUGAUUGGUUCAAUAAUCGGCAGACAGGGUACAAAAAUCAACGAGAUCCGCCAGGUUUCAGGGGCUCAGAUUAAGAUCGGCAGUCAACUGGACAGCACUAGUGACAGACACGUCACCAUCACGGGCUCCCCAAUCAGCAUCAACUUGGCCCAGUAUCUAAUCACAUCCUGUUUAGAGACCGCCAAAUCCACUGCCCAGUCCUCCUCCAUGUCGACCCCUGUAGACCUCAACAUGAGCUUCACCCAGACUGCUCCCCCUGCAUCGUCCUCUGCCGCAGCCCUGGCAGCGAUGGGCGGCCUGCCCCACGCUCCAAUCUUGGGCGCCCCCUAUACCCUUCCCCUCUCCAGCCUCCUGGGAAUCAAAUCCGUCCCCUUCCUGGCACUCUCGGCCCCUGCUGCCACAGCUGCCGCCGCUGCCGCCCCCGCCCACGGCACCUUGGCCUCCUACACCGCCAAGAUCUCCUCCGCCAACGGCAUCAAGAAACCAGAGCGACAGAAGUUUGCGCCCUACUGAAGAGGAGCUCCCGAGUACCUCCUUUGUUUCCGAGAGAGGAAUACUUUGAGGGUUCUUCUCUUCUAGCCUGAUGUAGCGGUGUAGAAACAGACAGUCCCACCUUUUCUUUUGGGUUUAGUAGCUUGUCCUGAAAAAGAAAAAAAAAAAACCUGUAGGAAAAUAAUGGCAUAAAUUUGAAUUAUGACUUUUUUUUUUUUGGCUGAGGUAGCCGCUAAAGCCAUAGACUAUUCCUAAUCUCCUAUUUUCCCGAAAUCUUUACACACGUUUAUUGUCUGCUCUUAUUUAUUGAUAAUAACGAAAUAUUCCCGCAAAGAGUUUAUAACGUAGAACACUGUUGACUGAUGCUAAUCUCUUAUGUAUCAGCUUUUAUACAAUGAUGUCUGUGAAUGCUUCUGUAUACAACUUCCUGAUUUUUUUAGAAAUCUUUAAAUGAUGUAUUAAAACAAAAUAUGAAAAAAAUAGGAAAUGUUUUUAAAAAAUGACAACGGAUCUAAACCUUGCUUUUGUGUUACAUUUUUACGUUUUGUUCACAUUCGUUUUGAAAUGUUAUUUAUUUUAUUUAUUGUGCGGAGUGUUUCUUUUACAGUCGAUGUUUGUUUUCUGUAAUGGCUGCAGGUAAAAAAAAAAAAAAAACAUUUUCAAAUUUCUUCCAUUCGAUCAUGGUUACAUACGUCCUGAAAAAGACACAUGUCUAAGUAACCACGAACAAGAUAGCUGUAGUGAGUUUCUUUACUUUCUAUGGGAAGUGUUUGGUGCCACGGUGAAUUCUGGUGUGAUAAAAUAUCCAAAUACGAAACAUAGCCAGCGAAUUUGGCUAGCCAUUGGAGUGUAUAGAAGAUUUCAUUUCAGGGGGUUUCUUUCACCAUUUCUAAUGGCAUAAAAUGACUACUAUGCAUGGUGACUGCCCUUGUUGGAAACUAAUGCUGCAUGUUGACUUGGCCCCUCACACUAGCAAAGAUAGCUAACACGUAGGUCUCUGUCGAUGGCGUUAAAAAUAGGCAGUGUUGCAGAAGAGCAAUAUCGGUUUGAAAAUACUCAAAUAUACACAUAUAGCAGACCUACACAUAAACAUGCUUCAAGUGUAGCUACAGUAAUCAUUAUGCUCGAUCACGGAGUAUAUUACGUGGACUGACUUUUUGUUCGUUUGUUAUUUUUUCCUUUUUUUUAACAAAAAAAAAAAAUUGAAAUAAUCACACUUAUUUUUCUAAACCUAGAGUCCUAAAAAUUGAAUGUGACCACUCACACGAUUCAUUCACUUGGUAGAUGUAGUGUAACCUUGACUCGUGUUUUGCCAUUUUUUUCCUUUAUUGUAAUUUUUGGUUUUGUUUAGAUCUUCUCAAACGUCUUUCCCAUACUCAUUUGCAUGAAUUUAACUUGGCGUCUAUGCAAAACAUCUCGGGGGCGGUUCAGCGAGGUAUCCUAUGUCAUGCUUCAUAGAUGGCCCUAAAUAAACCACCGUUGGGAAAGGGCUAUCAGCAAAGGCGGAACCCAAGACAAGGACAAUGAUGCUCUCGAAUUUAUGAACCAUGCUAUGUAUAAUAUAUAUACAUAAAUAUAUAUGUUCUAUUAUAUCCAUAUGUCCCAUUCCAAAGCCUAACACAUAACCACCAUUUCACACACUAUACAACAGUGUGGCUAUGAUAAACACUGCCGCACUUCACCGCGAUAAUUCCACGAUAGCCGGACAUGGUUCGAAAACUGUUCAGAUGCUUGAAUUAUCCGAGGUCUGGUUUUUGGAUUCACGCGAGGUUUCGUUUGUCAGCCUUGGCAUAAAUGCAACUCUUGUUUUAGUUUUAUUCAUCAAUGCCAUACAAAUGAAUAAAAACAAUACUGUAUUAACGUAA